UUCACACCAUGCACUCGCACCUUCUAGAGUGCCCUCAGCGCGAUGAACGGGGCUGAUCUUAAGAAGAGCCAUAAAGCCACAGCAGUCGAACAGCUUCCAACGCCCUCUCUCUCACCUGUACCUGACGGUGUGGUCUCACCCAUCGAAGGACAGCAUGUCGCUUUCCCGGGAUAUACGGCAAACGGCGACAAGGUGAACGCAAAUGGGGCAAUCAGCCCUGGGGAUUGGAGCAGACGGACCAGCGUCUAUGACGAGGCUGUAUUGUCGGACACGAGCGAGAAGACGAGACCCGUUCCACAGAUUCGGAGGCCUGGGGACGGCAGGAGAAAAAGCAGCGUGUCGGAGCACGAUAAAGUCCUUAAGCUCAGCCCGAGACAGAUCCACGAGUUGACGAGCGAGCCUACAAGCAUACCCGUUCGAGCGGCCACACCGAUUCAGGAGGAUGCAUCGGAGAUCGAGACAUCGGAUGAGAAGGUAGAUACAAGGGAGAGCAAUCAUGGGCGAGACGUUUCGUUGGGGCCGGCUGUUGAGCUAAACGGCACGCAUGAGAAGAGGCGGAGUAACUCGGGGGCCGGCGAUGCAAGGCAGGAGAAGGAGAUCGUGGCUAUAAAAGGCCCUACAGCCGACUUGAAGCUCAACCGGCCGGCCCUAAGUGCGAGAUCCGUCACUACGCCGCCAGUAAUGCGCAGGAAGCAGUCGAGUCAGGGGAAUAGAGGGCAAGCGCAAACAUAUGAGGGUGAAGAGCGACGGGCUUCUAAACAUGUUCCACCUCCGCUAGACCUGGGACACAAGGACAACCGGGAGACUCUGAAAGCCCCGCCUCAGGACAGGCACCGAGAUGUACCAUCACCUAUGCCAGCAUCAAUACCUCUACCGCCAAUGUCCAUGCCCACCUUUCUCUCGCUCGAGCUGGCCGCAGAUCGACCGUCGCCGCUGUACAUAUACCGCCCGUCCACGACCGACUUCCCUUACGAGUCCUCCAAGAUAAAGUAUGACCGUUUGGUCAACUUCUUAGUUCUCCCACCAAAGCUUGAGGCGAUAUUGGGCUUUGGAGCGCUAGCUUGCUUAGACUCCUGGAUGCACAUCUUGACUAUUCUUCCGCUACGUUUCUUGAUUGCUAUUGGAAUACUGGUCCGGUGGUGGGGCACGAUGGUUGUUAAAGAGGCCCGAGACAUAUGGAGCUUUGUAUAUAGCGGGCUACCGCGAGUGUUGAGACGAAGGAGAAAUACGGAUGCCCCUACGCCUGUCCCAGCGACACCUGCGGAUGAGGAACCGGCGCCCCGAUCUCGAAGGCCAUCCACUUCCGCUGCACCGUCGCCCAAUUCUGCCGCUACUACGUCAGCACGAGAAAACGGUCAUGCGGUUGCAACUUUCAGAUUCCCGGAGCAGAAAGAUGCUCCUGCUAAACGAAUGCGGGCUCGCUAUCGACAUCGAAGAACAAAGUCGACGCCUUCUGCUCUAUCUCCGAGCCACAAAGCCGAUAUCCUGAAAGGCUUUCUAGUCAUUUCAAGCUGCGCGGUCCUCAUGCGCUUCGACGCUAGUAGGAUGUACCAUGGCAUUCGCGGACAAUCCGCCAUCAAACUCUACGUCAUCUACAACGUCCUCGAAGUCUGUGACCGCCUGUUAUCUGCUCUUGGACAGGAUGUCUUGGAAUGUCUCUUUUCACGCGAAACGCUGGAUCGCAACCCUGAUGGUCGAAGCAAGGUUAUACGUCCGUUCUGGAUGUUCAUCCUAGCUCUCGUCUACAACGUAGCACACGCGACUGCCCUCUUCUACCAGGUCAUAACGCUCAACGUUGCGGUGAACUCCUAUUCCAACGCUCUCCUUACCUUGCUUAUGUCGAAUCAGUUCGUCGAGAUCAAAGGCACGGUCUUCAAGAAAUUCGAGAAAGAGAACCUCUUCCAGCUCACCUGCGCCGACAUCGUGGAGCGCUUUCAGCUUUGGCUUAUGUUGCUCAUCAUCGCCAUGCGCAACAUUGUGGAAGUAGGCGGUCUCAGUAUCCCAAGCAGUUUAUCCUCUUUCAGCAGUGCGUUGGGAGGAGGUAAUGCUACAACUUCUGCGCCUUUCUCGGCGUCUAGCAUCCUCCCCAUGAGCUUCACCAUCUUCCCCAAGUGGAUAGCGCAGGUGCUAAAUCCGUUCUUCUUGGUGCUGGGAAGUGAGAUGUUCGUCGACUGGUUGAAGCAUGCGUAUAUCACAAAGUUCAACCAAACAAAGCCAGAGGUGUAUGGCAAGUUCCUCGAUGUCCUGGCGAAGGACUACUACUCCGACGCCUUUACAGACCAGAACUUGACGAGACGUCUUGGCCUCCCCGUCCUCCCACUGUCCUGUCUCUUCAUCCGCGCAGCCAUUCAAACCUACCACAUGUUCAUCGCAACCCAUAUGCCGCUCCCCUUCCCCUCGACCUCCACAUCCCUAACAGACUCUCCGCCUACUUCUUCCCCUGCUACAACCGCAGCCCUCGCCCACAUCGAUCACAUCUUCCGCCGCGCCCUCGGCCGCUCAUCCUUCGGAGCCGGCGUCGCAGACCAACACUGGUACCACCUCUCCUCCUGGACGCUCGACGACGCGAUCGCGGGUGCUACCAUGCUCAUCGUCUUCUUGGUCGGAUAUCUCAUCUUUCUCGCUUUCAAGCUGAUUCUCGGGAUGAUACUACUAUCACUAGCGCGGAAUCGCUAUCAUGGGAUGAAAGAGAGGGAGAGAUUGAAUGUGGAGACGGGUGGGAAGAGGAUUGGGGGGUGGGGCGUCGUCGAUGUGGAUGAGGAUAAGAGGAGAUGGAUUUAUCAUGAUGAUCCUGAUGGGCUAAGGAGUUUGAGAGAGCGGGAUGAGAGGCAGAAACAGAAGGAGGAGAAGGAGCGCGAGAGGGGAACAAGCUUUGGGCACGUUAGUAGGUAUGCUAUGGUUGCUAAGAGGAUUUGGUAGAUAUAUGUCCUAGAUGAACCACCGCAUCUAUCUCGACUCGCG